CCCUGACUCUCUCUCUCUCUCUCUCUCGCUCUCUCGCUUCGCUUUCUCUCUCCGCGCGAUGGAGAAAGGCGAGAGCUCCGCCACCACAUCGGAACCCGACUCCGACGACAAGCACCCCACGAUGCACCACCUCAACCUCCCUUCAGGUCUCACCCAACACGAGUUCUCCUCCCUCAUCCCCUCCGUCACCGAGCACCACAACUACCUUAUGGGCCCAGGCCAAUGCUCCUCCCUCCUCGCCCAGCGCGUCCACGCGCCGCCGGACUCCGUCUGGUCCGUCGUGCGCCGCUUCGACAAGCCCCAAACCUACAAACACUUCAUCAAGAGCUGCGCAGUCAAAGACCCCUUCCACAUGACCGCUGGCUGCACCAGAGACGUCAAUGUCAUCUCCGGCUUGCCCGCCGCCACCAGCACCGAGCGCCUCGACCUCCUCGACGACGACCGCCACGUCACCGGCUUCAGCAUCAUCGGCGGCGAACACCGCCUCCGGAAUUACCGCUCCGUCACUACCGUUCACGGUUUCAACGACGACGAGGGUAAGAUCUGGACCGUGGUUCUGGAAUCGUAUAUAGUAGACGUGCCCGAGGGUAAUACCGAAGAGGACACACGCCUCUUCGCCGAUACCGUGGUGAGGCUCAAUCUCCAGAAGCUCGCGUCCGUCACCGAAGGACCCAAUCGUGACGGUGACGGUAAGUCACACUUGCGGUGAACCAUAAACCUCAAAGCUCAAACCCUUGUUUCAUAAAAAAAAAAAAAAAAACGGGAUUGGAAUUUGAACACUCUCUCUCCCUCACGAAUUCAUAAAAGGAGAAAAACAAGUUUUUUUCUUCUAUUUUAUUUUUCCUUUAUAUUGGGAGAUUCUUUUUUCUUUUUUAAUUUGGGUGAGACUCGUAUUUUUGUUUUGGAAUUUUGAUGAUAUUGUUUCCGCGCUAGCUUCUUCUUUCGCAACAUGUCCUCCUGUGGAUGCACCGUUGAUUUUUGUUAUUACAAUGGGUGAGGGCAUUUGUGUCAAUGCACUUGUACAGGAAAUGUUGACUUGCCAUGUGUCUCUUUAACCGUUUUGUGAAUAUCAUUUGCUUUUUGCUUUUCAUCUUCUGGAUUUUAUUCCGUGUACAUAUCUUCUUUUUUUCCUUUUUGCUGCUAUGAGUGCAAGCCUACUUAAAGAAGAUGCUUCCUUCUAUUCAUCCUUAUAUUGUUAAUUCAAACAUCCAAUGCUUUAUAAUU